GUCUGUGCUCAGAGUGUCAAUGACCCUAGUAAUAUGUCGUUGGUUAAAGAGACGGUGGACAGACUGUUGAAAGGCUAUGACAUUCGCCUGAGACCAGAUUUUGGAGGUCCCCCUGUGGCUGUAGGAAUGAACAUUGAUAUUGCUAGCAUUGAUAUGGUCUCUGAAGUCAAUAUGGACUAUACAUUGACAAUGUAUUUUCAGCAAGCCUGGAGAGAUAAGAGGCUGUCCUACAAUGUAAUACCUUUGAACUUGACAUUGGACAAUCGAGUGGCAGACCAGCUCUGGGUGCCUGAUACCUACUUCCUGAAUGAUAAGAAGUCUUUUGUCCAUGGAGUGACUGUCAAAAACCGUAUGAUCCGCCUGCAUCCAGAUGGUACAGUCCUGUAUGGCCUCAGAAUCACAACUACGGCUGCCUGCAUGAUGGACCUAAGGCGGUAUCCACUGGAUGAACAAAACUGCACCCUGGAGAUUGAAAGCUAUGGAUACACAACUGACGACAUUGAGUUUUACUGGCGUGGUGAUGAUAAUGCAGUCACAGGGGUGACGAAGAUUGAGCUUCCUCAGUUCUCCAUCGUAGAUUAUAAACUUAUCACCAAGAAGGUGGUUUUCUCCACAGGUUCUUACCCCAGAUUGUCCCUCAGCUUUAAGCUGAAGAGAAACAUUGGCUACUUCAUCUUGCAGACAUACAUGCCGUCCAUUCUGAUUACCAUCCUCUCUUGGGUCUCCUUCUGGAUUAACUAUGAUGCUUCUGCUGCACGAGUUGCAUUAGGUAUUACAACUGUCCUAACAAUGACCACAAUUAACACCCACCUCAGGGAGACUCUCCCUAAAAUCCCCUAUGUAAAAGCCAUCUACAUGUACCUAAUGGGGUGCUUUGUCUUUGUCUUCAUGGCCCUUCUGGAAUAUGCUUUGGUCAACUACAUCUUCUUUGGGAGAGGACCCCAGCGUCAAAAGAAAGCAGCUGAGAAAGCUGCUAAUGCCAACAAUGAAAAGAUGCGUCUGGAUGUCAACAAG